CCUCUCUCUCUCUCUCUCUCUCUCUCUCUUCCUCUUCUCCUCUCCCACGGAGCUCGGGGGGGAGGUGCGGGGGCAACAAUGGGGGACGCGUUUUGCCCGGAUUGCAAGCGGAGCACGGAGGUGGUGUUCGACCACUCGGCGGGGGACACGGUGUGCUACGAGUGCGGGCUCGUGCUCGAGGCGCACUCCAUCGACGAGACCUCGGAGUGGCGCACCUUCGCCAACGAGUCCGGCGACAACGACCCCGUCCGCGUCGGCGGCCCCGCCAACCCCCUCCUCACCGACGGCGGCCUCUCCACCGUCAUCGCCAAGCCCAACGGCACCCAGGGCGAGUUCCUCACCUCCUCCCUCGGCCGCUGGCAGAACCGCGGCGCCAACCCCGACCGCUCCCUCAUCCUCGCCUUCCGCACCAUCGCCACCAUGGCCGAUCGGUUGGGUCUUGUUGCCACUAUUAAGGAUCGAGCGAAUGAGAUUUAUAAGAAAGUGGAAGAUCUCAAGUCCAUUAGAGGGAGAAACCAAGAUGCGAUCUUAGCUGCUUGUCUAUACAUCGCUUGUAGGCAAGAAGAUAGGCCCCGCACUGUGAAAGAAAUCUGUUCUGUUGCUAAUGGAGCAACAAAGAAAGAAAUUGGGAGAGCAAAGGAGUUCAUAGUAAAGCAGCUUGAAGGUGAGAUGGGCCAAUCGAUGGAGAUGGGCACCAUACAUGCAGGAGAUUUCCUGAGACGUUUCUGUUCACAUCUUGGCAUGACAAACCAAGCAGUUAAAGCAGCUCAAGAAGCAGUUCAAAAGUCUGAAGAACUUGAUAUACGGCGGAGUCCAAUAUCGAUUGCGGCAGCUAUAAUUUACAUGAUAACUCAGCUAUCUGAUGACAAGAAGCCCCUCAAAGAUAUAUCCGUGGCCACUGGAGUCGCCGAAGGCACCAUUAGAAACUCUUACAAAGAUCUCUAUCCCUACGCAUCGAGGAUCAUUCCGGCCUCUUACGCGAAGGAGGAAGACUUAAAGAACCUCUGCACCCCCUGAGGAGGUUGUCAGAAUAUUCAGCAGAAUGAUUCAGAAAUUUGAAUUUGUCCUCGAAGGCGGUACUGCACUUCACCACGUGAUAGAUUAAUUUCAAAUUCUUUUCUUAUGAUUCCAACGGGCCGAUGUAAAUUUGUACUUUUACCGACCUGGACCUUCGAGCCCGAAUUAGACGGAGUGGCGUCGAAAGAUUGCUAUGAAACCAUCGCUUCAUUAGGCCUGUUGGGAAACUGGAAUCUGUUUAAGUGAACGAUAUGGGCUAAACUCAAAGGUGGCCUUGUGUUCAACGGAGGCGUUUCCGAGUCGAUAACACUACUAUCAAAGAAGAUCUAUGUUCCAUAUGUUUAAAACUUGAAAAAAAAUAGGGGAAGAAGAAGAUAAUUCAAGUUCUUGCUUGUGGUCCUUAUUUUUAUGUCUUA